AUGAGUGAGAAUCCUCUGAUUGUGCCUUUGGAGAUUCUAAGAGGCCAUUCUUCUUCAAAAGGACAAGCUGUGGUAUCGUCUGAGUUCACCACAAGGGAUCGUCUGAGUUCCUGGGGUCUCAUCGUCCCAACAAACUGUCUGCUUUGUGAUGCUGCACCAGAAACAAGGAACCAUCUUCUCACCGACUGUGCAUACUCCACUGAGGUUUGGGCUAACUUCUUUGCACACUCGGAUUUUACUCUGCCUUCUUCAAUUGAUCAGAUUGUACUCUGGUGUAAGGAUACUACUGGGAAUGAGAAAGUAAACUCUAUUUGUAUGCUGCUGGUUCAAGCAAUAGUUUACUUCCUUUGGAGAGAACGAAAUGCAAGGCUUCAUUCCUUAUCUGCCAAGUCUGCUUCAACUCUGAUCAAGGAAAUACAGCUUCUCCUUAGAGCAAAGUUGUUCGGUUUGGAUCGUGCACGCUUGACCUCAGCGAAUUUGAAUCCGUCCCCUCUUCAGAACUCCUACCUCCAUACUUGGUUUCAGUUCUUCCAACCCUAA